ACACGAGACGUUGAGUUUGUAUAUAUGAUCUGCGCAACUGUAGAGUACUUUCCAGUUAAAAUCGAGACUUGAAAGACUUGACAUAACUAAUUUUAAAUUUAGUUUUUCUAUUCAAACUAGAACAUUCUAAUAGUGAUAUUAAGAUUUCUUAAGUGUCAAUAAUAUUUAAAAAUAAUAAUAAAACGGAUUAAUAACAUCUAACAAAGAACAAACAAAAAUGGGAAAAGACUACUAUAAAAUUUUGGGUAUCGCAAAAGGAGCUAAUGAUGAUGAAAUCAAAAAAGCAUACAGAAAGUUAGCUCUUAAAUAUCAUCCUGAUAAGAACAAAGCCGCUGGAGCAGAAGAAAAAUUUAAAGAAAUAGCAGAAGCGUAUGAAGUACUGUCAGAUGCUAAAAAACGUGAAGUUUAUGACAAAUUCGGUGAAGAAGGAUUGAAAGGCGGUGCAUCAUCUGGUGGUGGAGGUGGUGGCGCUGAAACAUAUACUUUCCAUGGAGAUCCACGUGCUACAUUUGCUCAAUUCUUCGGUUCAUCCUCACCAUUUGCUACAUUCUUUGAAUUUGGUCCUGGCGGUGGUAACAGCAGAACAUUUGCAUUCGGCGGCAAUGAUGACAUGGACAUGGAAGAUCCAUUUGACUUGAGGAUGGCUGGUGCACGACCAGGUGGUGGCGGUGGACAGGGUGCAUUUAGAUCACAUUCAUUCAACUUCGCCGGUCCAGGUGGUGGUCGAAUGACAGGUCAAAAAGAUCACGCUCAAGAUCCUCCAAUAGAACACGAUCUCUAUGUAAGUUUAGAAGACAUCGCACGUGGUUGUGCUAAAAAAAUGAAGAUAUCAAGACGGGUAAUACAGCCAGACGGUACAACUAAAAAAGAAGACAAAGUACUUACCAUCAAUGUCAAACCUGGAUGGAAAGCAGGAACUAAAAUUACCUUCCAAAAAGAAGGUGAUCAAGGCCGUGGUAAAGUACCAGCUGACAUUGUCUUUAUUAUUCGCGACAAACCUCAUCCCCACUUCAGACGAGAAGGAAGUGACAUCAGAUACACCUGUAAGUUAAGUUUAAAACAGGCUCUCUGUGGUACUAUCGUUGAAGUACCAACGUUAUUUGGCGAAAAAAAGACUCUUAAUCUUACUGAUGAAAUCGUUAAACCAAACAUGGUUAAACGAAUCCAAGGCCAAGGACUACCAUUCCCAAAAGAACCAUCAAGAAAAGGCGAUUUACUCGUUUCAUUUGAUAUCAAAUUUCCUGAUAAAUUAUCACAAAGCAUCAAAGACAUACUGUAUGAUACUUUACCAAAUUGAAUUAAUAAUUAAUAUUCUUUGUAGUGAGAUGACUGAAUAUGUACAUCUUGAAUCGAUUAAAAGAAAAAAAAAAUUGAUAAUAAUAAGUAAUACGUUAGUUCAAUCAUUUGUAUCAUUUACUGUUGAAAUGAGAUGUACGUUGUAGUACAUUAUUAUGAAGAACAAAACAUGCGUGUAAAAUAUGUGAAAAAAUUUUUGCAGAUAAAAUAUGUUAAAUGACUGGACCCUAAAAGGUUAACAGCAAUUUAAUGAUAUAUUUAAAUUUUAUCUUGCAAUGUAUACUACUAUUAUUAUUGAUAAUAUUAUAGAAGGUCCGGGCUAUACGCGCGUAUAUAUAUAAUGUCCCGGUGUACUGAUAAAAAAAAACAAUAAAUAAGAAUUUAAUUUGAUUCUGUUAUAAUUAUUUUGUUUAACAAUUUAUGUAUGAAAAAUUAUUUUUUAAUUAUUAGAAAACAUUGUUGUGUUAUAAUUGCG